AUGAAACUGUCAGCCGACGAAGUAGCCACUCAAGUCAGACACCAUUACUAUUAUGGUGUUGGAGCCCCAAACUCAUUUAUUAGGAAGGUGAAAACGGGUCAUGACCAUGAAGCAGGAGAAGAAGAAGAAGUAGCAGGAGAUGCAACAACUACCACUGGCAGCCCACAACAGUGCAACCCCCGAUCAACUUCGCCACCACCCACUACUGAAGGAAACGAGCAACCCGGUGAAGAUUGUCACGUCAUUCAAGAAAAUGUCCAAGCCUCUAACCGCCAUGAUGAAUCAUCCUCACCACCCUCCGAUCCAGAUCCCUUCGCUGAAGACUUCCCAUUAGAUGAAGAUUUGAUGGGGAGUAAUAAUAAUAAUAAUGAAGCAUCGCGCGUUGGUGGAGGUGUAGGAACCAGAAGGGGAUCUUCACUCACGAGGGAAAGAACGGAGGGUAAUAAGGUAGUGAGUACCAUUCAUUAUGCGGCUGCAGUAGGGUCACACAUCGACGUGGCAAUGAAGUUAAGUAGUAGCAUAACCCGAUUACGCGAAGAGGUGCAACAGUAACUUCCUCGAAAGAGGUAUUCGAUCGGCUAUGCUAUACUUGUGCGUUAUUAUCACCAGCGUGAGGAUGCUAGGCGACAUGAAUGAAAAAAGUGCUUUCUAUGUAUGUACUCCACCCACCCUCACUACGAUUGACUCGAUCUAUGACUCCCUGGAGGAGGCUAUUGAGUUUAUAGCUAAUAACUUGGAAGAAAGACUCAACCGUACUGAGGGUUCGGGUUGGUGUAUGACCUCGCUAGAUAGGGUUGAACUUCAUAUCACGCGGCGUGAGUUAGUGAAUAUUAAUAACUUCCAGGUAUAUCCCAAGGGAGUCCGCGGUAGUGAUCAGGUUAUCAAUAUUCAGUCCGGGUACAACU